UAGGGUUGCGAGUUUGGUGCGGGCUUCCUGGAGAGGGUGCGAAGAAGGAAGGGAAGAGUCGCAAUCCUCGGAAGCGGGACCCGAACCCUCGGAAGCUGGAAACAGAAAUAUAGGUCGAUAUCUGGACUGGUCUCCGCUGGGAAGUUGCUGUAUUUUCCUGCCUUCAGUGACGAAUGAGGUUUGAGUCAUCAGUGCUUUGAGCCUCUUCAUUCGGGUGUUCUGUCUCACCGUUAGUGGUUCUUGCUGAGUCUGCUCAAAGCUCCAUUUUCAUCAAGCUCACACUGAAGCUCUUCACAGCAUAACCGUGCCUAGUGGCUAAUUGCAUAGUGUUUUGAGCGAAGAAUCUAGGACCAAACCAUGGAUACCCUCUCACACACAUGACUCUCCCCUAGUUUUCUUUUCUCAACUGUGCUUCUGGUAUCACCUGUGUGUUUUCAAGGGCAAAGCCACAAACAAGCAACUUGCAAACAUCAUGAAUGAAUAUAUGGACUUGGUGUCAUUUGAGGAUGUCACUGUGAACUUCACCUGGGAGGAGUGGCAGAAUCUCGAUGAUGCUCAGAGGGUGCUGUACAGGAAUGUGAUGUUGGAGACGUACAGCAGCCUGGUGUCACUGGGACAGUGCAUCCCUAAACCUGAGUUAAUCUUCAGAUUGGAACAGGGAGCAGAGCCAUGGACAACAGACGAAUCUACAAACCAGAGUAUGUCAGGCUUCUACAAUGUGGAUGGCACAAUUGAGACCAACCAGAAAUGUGAAGACAGACAUUUAUGGCAAGUUACUGCCAAUAGCCACAAUAGAGCAACUGAGGAAACAGAUGGAUUAGAAAACACUUUUUAUUUUUGCUCCAUGAAGAUUUCAAAUUUUGUUGUAAAUAAUAGAGAAUGUUCAGGAGUGAAGCCUGAGGAGUUGAAUGGAUACCAGAAUACAUGUCUUCCUUCUGAGUCUCAUGGCAUAUACACUUUAAAGCAAUAUAAUGACUGUGGUGUAGCAGGAAAAUCCCUCAGUUUUCCUGAGCAAUUUGGUCAACAUUCCAAGAUUCAAACUGGGCAGCAGGAUUUUGAACACAGUGGAAAAGGAAAAGAUACAAAGGAGGCAAAAGUACUGAAAAGAAUUACUCCAUCUAACAGACUUCAGAUGGGCCUGACUUUGUAUAAGCGUAAUGAAUAUGAGCAAGUCUCUGUUGAGUCGGAUGUCAUGGUUAAGGUAGGGAAGGCAACUUUUGGUGAAACAUGUAACCUCACUGAACACCAAGAAACAUACUCAGGGAGCAAACCUUGUGAAUGCCUUAAAAGAAAGAAAACCUUUACUAGCAAAUUAGACCUUUCAGUUCAUCAGAGGACACAUGACCAGAAGAAAGCCCACGUAUGUAUCCUGUGUGAGAAACUCUUUAGCACUAAAUCUUCCCUGACUACUCAUCAGAGGAUUCACACAGGAGAAAAGCCCUAUGGAUGUAGUAAAUGUGAUAAAAGCUUCAGGCAAAAGUCAGCCCUUGUUGUACAUGAGAGAACCCACACUGGUGAGAAACCCUUUGAAUGUUGUGAGUGUGGUAAAGCCUUCCAGCAUAAGUGGUAUCUCAAAAUGCACCAGAGAACUCACACAGGUGAGAAACCAUACGAAUGUCAAGACUGUGGAAGAGCGUUUCUAAAGAAGUCAUACCUCAAAAUACAUCAGGGAACUCACAAAAGAGAUAAACCAUAUGAAUGUGAAGAAUGUGGAAAAACCUUCCAUAACAGGUCAUACUUCAACAUACACCUUCGAACUCACACUGGUGAGAAGCCCUAUGCAUGCAACGAGUGUGGAAAAGCCUUUUACCAAAAGUCAGACCUCAGGAGGCAUCAGAGAAUCCACAACAGUGAGAAAUUACACAAAUGUAAAGAAUGUGGAAAAGCCUUUCAAAAUAAGUCAUACCUCAAAACUCAUCAGAAAGUUCACACAGGUGAGAAACCAUAUGAAUGUAAACAGUGUGGCAAAGCCUUUCAAAACAAGUCAUAUCUCAACAAGCAUCAGAUAAUUCAUACAGGUGAGAAACCCUAUGAAUGUAAUAAGUGUGGGAAAACAUUUCAGUGGAAGUUAGUCCUCAGUAAGCACUAUAGAAUUCACACAGGUGAAAAACCCUAUGAAUGCUGUCAGUGUGGGAAAAUGUUUGGCUAUAAAUCAUCUCUCAUUGUACAUGAGUUGAUUCAUUCUGGGAAGAAACCCUACGAAUGUAAUGUAUGUAGAAAAACGUUUUCACAGAAAUCAAACCUAAUUAGGCAUCAGAGAACUCAUAGACAUCGGGAUGUAUGAUGGGGAUGGGUACAGAAAGAUGUUUGCCUGACAUUCAAGCCUCAGAAUGUUUGCAGUACUCUAGGAAUUCCCUUGAGUGUGAGUGGGGUAGGUGUUCUUUCUGUAGAACAGCUUUCAGUUAACAUGAGAGGACCUACACAGGGCUGACAAGAGUUAGGAAUGGAUGUGAGGGCAAGUCCCACCAGAACUUGCCCUUAACAUGGUAUGAAAAAACCUACACAAGAGGGAAUUUUAAUAAAUGUAAUACAUGUGGAAAAAUGUCCCAUACUACAGGUCUGUAACAUAAGAGAGGCCUGCUUGUUGGGGUUUCUGUUCCACCCCACCCCCCAACUGUUUAGUCCCAGAGAAAAAUUAAACAGAGAUCUCUAUAAGUUAUAAAGCUGAUUGG